AUGUCUAUGAAAAGGUUUGGAAAAGCCGCCAUCCGAAUUGGAAAUGAGCUUAUGGCUCGAUCUUUUCGUGGAUCGGCGUGGGCUCGAAUUUGGCCGAAACUGUUUCCCACUUGGCACAAUUUGGGAGCUCAUGUUGUGUUAAGAAAGGCCCCUGUAUCAGUUAAACAAUCAGCGUUUCGAUUGGCGAGAUUGGCGGCCCGGAAUGGCCGGAUCUUUCGACCAUUUGCUUCUGUUGUUAUCGAGAAAAAUCGAUUCGAACGCUCAAAAUAUGAAUUUAAAAAGUUCAUACCUAUUAAAUAUAGAAAAAUUGGUAAAAUUGACAUGACGGAGAGAAUUCGGACAUUAUUCGGAAGCAAUGUACGAUAUAAUGAAGAUUUAAACGAAAAUGAUAUGCCUAAUAAAGUCGAUGCUUAUGACUUCGGCAAUUUUUUGGGACAAGGAUGCAAUGCAGCCGUGUAUUCAGCAAAAUUAUCCAGUGAGAAACAGAAUAUUGGAGUGGGAUUCAAUGAAGUAUCGGAUAUUAUAGCACUCAAGCCACCGAUGACCAGAACGGAAUACAAUUUGAACAAGUAUCCUUUGGCCAUUAAAUUAAUGUUCAAUUACGAUCAUGAUCGCGCCGGUGAAAAUCAUUUGUGGAGCUCGAUGGGAAAUGAAUUGGCACCAUAUCCAAAAGCUGAAAAAUUGCUCAGUGGGAAAAUGGCAAAUUUCAAACCACUUCCGAGGAAACAUCCGAAUGUUGUUCGAAUCAUGACAGCAUUUGUGGAUACUCUGAAGAUUCUUCCGGAUGCCGCCGAAAGGUAUCCUGACGCUCUACACACUGCCUCUUGGUAUGAAUCGAUAGCAGCGGAGCCAAAGACCAUGUAUGUGGUUAUGAGAAGAUAUCGUCAAACACUUCAUGACUAUGUUUGGACGCAUCAUCGUAAUUAUUGGACUGGUCGAGUUAUGCUAGCUCAAUUGCUUGAAGCCUGCACAUUCCUUCAUGCAAAUAAAGUAGCCCAGAGGGACAUGAAAAGCGACAAUAUUCUGCUGCAGUAUGAUCAGGAUGACGAAAUUCCCUCGCUGGUAAUUGCUGAUUUUGGAUGUGCCCUUGCCACUGGAACUUGGAAAAUAAACUAUACCUCAGAAGAUGUAUACCUGGGUGGAAAUGCGAGAACUCGGGCUCCCGAGAUUCAAAAUGCUGUACCGGGACCAAACGUCGUUGUCGAUUUUGAAAUGGCAGACACCUGGGCGGCUGGAGGAUUGGCGUAUGAGAUUUUCACCAGAUCCAAUCCAUUUUACCAAAAAUUGGACAGCAAGACAUACCUAGAAGUAGACUUGCCUAAACUGCCACAUCGAAUUCAUUUUGUUGCGAGAGAUGUUGUCAGGGAUUUGCUCAAAAGGAAUCCAGAGAAGAGGGUCCGUCCUGGAAUUGCAGCGAACGCCGUGAGUCUUUCAUUAUUCAGAUUCGGAGAAGAUUCGCGUAAAAUGAUGGAAAAAUGCGGUGUGUCGCAAAUUACAACCCUUUUGGCAAAUUCUACUGAAAAACUUGGAACACAAGCUAAUAAGAGCCUGGACAAUGUUUUGAGCUUGAUUACUGCUGAAACAAUCAUGGGAAACCUUGCGCCUCAUUUGAUCAGUCGCGCCGAGAGACAGCUUCGCGCAACUUUCCUUUCGCGUUUAAAUCGGCAAGAAAUUUGGCAAAGUCUUCAUUAUUUCUUCUCGACUGACAAUAUCGAUUUUGCCGAAUCAAUGGAUUCUCUCAACGCCAGUGAGCUCUCAAACUCACUAGGAUCAUCGGAAAAUAGACCUAGAAAUGGAUUCAACAUUCCUCUAUUUAAGAAUGUUAUUCGAACCGGAUCUGUUGAGAAUGGAAUUGUUCUGAGAGUUCAAUCCAAUUAA